AUGAAGGCGCUGCUCCUGCUCUGCUGCUUCCUGGCCUCGCUGCUGCUUUCGGGACAAGCAGAACUGCAAGUCUCUGCUUCGGGUGGCACAGAAGAUGUUGGCAAUUUGUUGGAGAAUCAUUUCUCUGCUGGAGAUGCGAGUCUAGAGGAGAAAGAAAGGGCGCUUUAUGCAGAUGCGGCCCCUGGAGACAAGAACCUACUCCUUCACUACCCAGACGGCAGGGAGGCUGACCACUUGGAGCAGACUCCUGCAGGGGCCCCUUCCACUGCCAACGGCCAGGGCUCCGAAUCCGAAGCUAGCCUGUCCAAUACCUCAGCUGCAGAGUCAGCUCCACCUGGGCAUGCCGAAGGGCCUGGGGAGGAAAAGGAGGACCCACAUGCAGCAGGCACCCUUCCUCCAGGAGGGGUUAAGGAGCCAGAAGAAGAGAGGCCAGAGUUCAGUUCUGGAGAGGAACCAGGACAGGAGGAGGCCAGGGUGGGGGUCCCCACAGAGGGGGCAGCCAGUAUGGAGGCAGAAGUGCAAGAGGGAAGUAGUGGGGUCCCUGAGGAACUACAGGGACUCUUAGGAGAUGGGCCUAUGAAAGAAGCAGUAGGGACAGCAGAGUCUCUAGCCACCCUGUUCUCUCCUGCCACAGAGGGUGAAGAGGCAGAAGGUGAGGGCAACACAGGUUCUGGUCACCAAUCCACAGAGCUAGAUGGAGCCCAGGAUGCCAUACCUUCUGGAGAUGAAUCGGAAGCCAGGGAGGGAGCAGAGGAUAAGUCCCAGGACCACUCCCUGCAGUCAGAGGAUACAGCUGUCCCAGAGCCUGAUCACCAGCCCACAGACAUACAUGCAGUCUCUGACAUGGCAUCUUCUGGAGUGGAGGCAGAAGAAGGUGCAGAAGAAUCAAAGGCUGAGGUGGAUGCCGAAUCUGAGGAGAAGGCUACAGGUCAGGUGUCAGAGAUGUCCGAGGAGGGCCUGGCUGAGGCCUCCUCUGAAGAAGAGGGUGGUGAAGAAGAUGGAAGUGAGGAUGAAGGGGUUCCAUCUAAAGAGGAGUCUGGAGAAGACAGUGGUGAUGGAGCUAGCUCCGAAGAAGAGGGGAGCACCCCUGGGGAGGCUGGAGAGCUCCAGAAAACACCAGGAGCCACAGGACAUGAGGAGGAAGGGGCCCAGCGGGAUGUGGAAGAUUUGAACACAGGGUCUGAGGGCAGCAAGACCCAGGACACAGAAGCAGAGGCAUCUGAAGAGAGACAACAGGGGAGAGGGAAUCCUGUAAUUGCUCAUUGGGAAGAGGCGGAAGAUGUGAGUGAAGAAGCCCCCAUGAGGGACCGCUCCCACAUUGAGAAAACGCUGAUGCUGAAUGAGGACAAGCCAGCUGACGACUACUCAGCGGUGCUGCAGCGGCUUCGGAAGAUCUAUCAUACAUCCAUCAAGCCCCUGGAGCAGUCUUACAAGUACAAUGAGCUUCGGCAGCAUGAGAUCACAGAUGGAGAGAUUACUUCCAAGCCAAUGGUGCUGUUCCUGGGACCGUGGAGCGUUGGCAAAUCCACCAUGAUAAACUACCUCCUUGGGUUAGAAGAUACUCGAUACCAGCUUUAUACAGGUGCUGAACCGACCACCUCUGAGUUCACUGUCCUUAUGCAUGGGCCCAAGCUGAAAACCAUCGAGGGCAUCGUCAUGGCUGCUGACAGUGCCCGAUCCUUCUCACCACUGGAAAAGUUUGGCCAGAAUUUUCUGGAGAAGCUGAUUGGCAUUGAGGUUCCCCAUAAACUUCUAGAACGAGUCACUUUCGUGGAUACACCAGGCAUCAUUGAGAACCGCAAGCAACAAGAAAGAGGUUACCCCUUCAACGAUGUGUGUCAGUGGUUCAUCGAUAGAGCCGACCUCAUCUUUGUUGUCUUCGAUCCCACCAAGCUGGAUGUGGGUCUGGAGUUGGAGAUGCUUUUCCGCCAACUGAAGGGCCGUGAGUCCCAGAUAAGGAUCAUUUUGAACAAGGCUGACAACCUGGCCACACAAAUGCUCAUGCGGGUGUAUGGAGCUCUCUUCUGGAGCUUGGCUCCUCUCAUCAAUGUCACGGAGCCUCCACGGGUUUACGUCAGCUCCUUCUGGCCACAGGACUAUAAGCCUGAUACCCACCGGGAACUGUUCCUCAAAGAAGAGAUCUCUCUUCUGGAAGACCUCAACCAGGUGAUUGAGAACAGGCUAGAGAACAAGAUUGCUUUUAUUCGCCAGCACGCCAUCCGAGUCCGAAUUCACGCCCUUUUAGUUGACCGCUAUCUGCAGACUUACAAGGACAAAAUGACCUUCUUCAGUGAUGGGGAACUGGUCUUUAAGGACAUUGUGGAAGAUCCUGAUAAAUUCUACAUUUUCAAGACCAUUCUGGCAAAGACCAACGUCAGCAAGUUUGACCUUCCCAAUCGUGAGGCUUAUAAGGACUUCUUUGGCAUCAACCCCAUUUCCAAUUUCAAACUCCUGUCUCAGCAGUGCUCCUACAUGGGGGGUUGCUUCCUGGAGAAGAUUGAACGAGCCAUCACUCAGGAACUCCCCAGCCUUCUGGGUAGCAUUGGGCUUGGGAAGAAUCAGGGUGCUCCUAACUGUGACAAAACAGGUUGUGGUGAGACCCCAAAGAAUCGCUAUAAGAAGCACUAGUUUCUGUGGAGCGAUUCUUGGGUCCCCAGUGGUGAAUAAGCUAGUGUCCUAACUGUCUGAGAAGUCCUGGUUUGUUAACCCUUUGAGCCAUACUGGCGACAAUCAGUCUGCAUUGGAGAUUUGGGAAUUCAUUGAGGCCGGUGAAUCAGGAAGGUUCUAGGGAGGAGAGUGGUAACUGUGAAUCAGAGUGUGCGUGUCUUACUGCUUCAGUUAGAAGGCCUGACACAGGCCAGGUCAGUCUACAGGGCUUCCUUUGCUUUUUCUGGGUCCUACCUUAGAGGGACUAAAUUAGAGCAGCUAAAUUCUAAUGAAUACUAAGAUAACGAGGGUCAAAUAAGCUAAACUCCGUGGAAAUUUCCUGAGUAGUAGAGGGUUCUCGGGUCUGUGUCAACUCCUUUCACACACAUUUUCUGUUAGAUCCCUGUCCCUCCUUGGCUCUCUCCUAAUCUUGGGUUGAUUUUUAGAAUCGGACAGUCUCUUGAGUCUGAUCUUCAUAAAUUUUGGAAUCUUCUCCCUGUUUUACCAAGGGGUGGGGCAUCCAGAAAACUAAAACAAGAGUUUUCAAAUUAGGAUGUUGCUCUGCCAUCCCAAGUACAUUCACUGAUGUCCCAGUUGGAGAGCUCAGACACUUAGUUGUCCCUAAAAGGAGGGUGAGUGGGCAAUGUAUUCUUUACGUGAUUUACUGGAAGGGCUCGGGGUUAAUUGGUUUGCAGUGUGUCUUUGUCUGUUGCAUGUCUUUGAAAGCUCAGAUCACAGAGGUGCUGGGUCUCAGAGAGGACAAUGGAAACCUUGCUCCCAGUCCUUGGAGGCUUCUCUGGACAGACAUUCUUCCAAGUUUCGGGGGAGGCUGUUUCUACAGCUUCUUUGUGGGAGCACUUGACAGAAGACAUGUCUCUUCUGGUUCCCAGAACCAUGGUUUCUCUUCUCCUUUCUUCUCCAUUCCCUGAUGCAUCAAUACUUCCAACUGAGGAAAAAGUCCCUAGAAUCAGAACCAGUUCCAGCCCCUUGGCAAUGGCAUUGGUGCCAGAUAAGGCCCAAGUUCAACCUGAACUUCUGCAGAUACCCACCGAAAUGCAGUCAGGACAGUCAGGACCUUCACUCACCAGUGAAUAUGUACUUGAGGAUUUCAGACUUGAGGGCACAGAGAGAGGACUCCUGAGAGUCUUGCAUGGCACACAUUUGAAGUGCAGAGGAGCGAGAGGCUCUGGGAGGAUGAAGAGCUUUUUGAUGGAGUAGGCAAGGUGAAGUUCAGGCUGCCUUGAGGGCUUUCUCUGAGCACAGCCGGCUGCCUUUUUGGGGAGCAAGCUCUCCUGGGAGCCUUGAUUGUGAGGCAUGGGGUUGGGAUCCACCAGCACCAGGGUGUUACCUGGAGCAGAAGGAAAGAAGGGAGGAAGGCAGAGCCAAAGCCAUUCUCUCUGAGGAUCAAGUAGGUAGCAUAAGCAGUAAUCAGUGGAGGCUACAUAGAGAGUUGCAAUUUAGGAGUUUGUGUUUCUCUAAACUCUUAGCAGUCUGGUGCCCCCACCUAAGGUAGACUACUGCUUUUGGCUCUAUGUAGGGCCCAGGAUCUGCCACAAAUCAGAGCUUCAGAGCUGCCAGGACACUGUUUCCAAGGGGCGAGUUCCUCCCAGAAGGUUUAUUCAUGGAGCCUGGUGGCUAGGGCAGAUGAGCUGCAAUCUCUCUUGGAAUUUUCUUCCCAACUCCUGCCCUCUUCUCUCCAUCACGUGCUCUCUGGAGAGACUGUUCCUCCUACCUUUUUCCUUCAUGUCCCUCAUGCAUGUGGGUUUUGGGUGGCAACUGUUUUUUCUCAAUGCACAAACCAGGGAAAAAGCUGAACUGUACGGAUACUGCCCUAGCUCUCAGUGCCUGCAUGCUUGGAGGAGAGCAGGUGAAGUAAGGCCGAUGGAUUCUUACAGGAUUUGCAUGUGGAUGGAGGUAUCUUACCAGUGGCACCUUCCUUUUGGAUUUUUCUCCAUCUGUUUCUUCUCUGUCUCCAUUCUGUUCCUCUCCUGCCCACAGGCCACUGACGGUCAGCACAGGUUUUAGCAUGCAUUCUUUGCCCAGCUGGGCAGAGAUGGAUUUUGAGCAGGAUUCUGCCUCUAGAGGGGGGGAGUUUCAUCCCAGGAGGAACGUGGGAUGCAGAGAUGUCUGUGUCUGAACAGUGGCUGACCUUUCCAGGGUUCUUUCCAUUCUGGCUUUAUCAGGGAGAACGUCUCAAUAAAGUUCCAAUCUCUCUGCAA